AUAUGUUGAAGCCACAGUCCAAAGCUUUUUAUUGUGGCUUUGUUUUGGAGGGACAGUUGGCUGCUACAGCAACAUAUUGAGGCAGACUUUGAUAGUUCUGAUUGCACUCUUCAACAAACAGGCAGAAAGAUCAGAAGGAGAAAGAGACAUACAACUAAGGGUAUUUGAGUUUGAGAAGAAUUCAAAGAUGGGUUACUGGAAAACAAAGGUGCUUCCCACAAUCAAGAAGGUGUUUGAGAACAAGGGCAGUAUCAAAAAGGCUGAAGCUGCUGAAGCUUGCAAGACCUUUGAUGAGUCGAAGGAGAGUUAUGCCAAGGAGUUUGAAGAGAAGAAGGCUGAGUAUCAAGUAAAAGUAGUUGAAUUAUAUGAAGCUUCCUCUGCUGAAAUCAAGACUUUGAUUAAGGAGCGGAAGCUGGCUGCGUUGAAGAAGUACUCUGCUGCAGUCCACAAGUUGCUUGAAGAGCUUGCCAAGAUAGAAUUUCCAGGAUCGAAACCAGUCUCAGAAGCAUCAUCAAAGUAUGGACCGGCCUACGUCUCAGGUCCAGUCUUCUUUGUGUUUGAGAAGGUCUCAACGUAUAUUGUGACAGAAGAGAAGGUAGCGGAGCCAACGCCACCAGAACCAACACCAGCUAAAGCCGAAGAGGAAACAAGUUCCGGAAAAGAAAAGGAGAUAGUGAUCGAAGAAGAGAAGAAGGAAGAGGUUGUAGAGGUGAAGAAAGAAGAAGAGGUGGUGGUGGUGGAGGAGAAGAAGGAAGAGCCUGAAGCAUCAUGUGGUGAGGAAAAGCCUAAGGAGGAGGAAGCUGCUCCUGCUGCUGAACCAGCAAAGCCUUGAGGAUCAUUUGAAAAUCAAGGACAUGAUGAAGUAGUACCCCAAUUGUUUGUGAAAAAGUUUAAUUUGGAGAUUUGUUAUUCUUUAAAAUACUUGUAAUCUAUUUGGGAAUAUUUGUUCUUGAUGAGUUUCCAAAAGCUGUGUUUCAGUUUAUAUUCAUGUGUCUCUUUGUAUGUAUUGGUCAAUCAAUCAAAUGAUAUCUCUGUGAAUUAUUACUAUGUAACACUUUUUACAGUGCUGCAAGGAAGAAUGAAGUACUGUUUGUUA